GGCCCGUGGAGGCCGCGCAGGCGCACGGUAGUAGCUGCAAUGGCGCUGCCGGGCUCCUUGAAUCGCUAUCUCCUGCUCAUGGCACAGGAGCAUCUGGAGUUCCGCCUACCGGAAAUAAAGUCUUUACUAUCGGUGUUUGGAGGCCAGUUCACUAACAGUCAGGAAACUUAUGGAAAGUCUCCAUUUUGGAUUCUUAACAUUCCCUCUGAAGAUAUGGCAAGAAACUUAAUGAAACGGACCGUGUGCGCCAAGUUCCAUAUCUGCAUUCAGAUACGACAUAUAAAAUAAAGAUUCACACAUUUAAUAAAACAUUAACUCAAGAAGAAAAGGUGAAACGAAUAGAUGCACUUGAAUUUCUGCCAUUUCAAGGAAAAGUGAACUUAAAGAAACCACAGCAUGUAUUCUCCAUUUUGGAGGACUAUGGUUUGGACCCAAACUGUAUCCCUAAGAAUCCACAUAAUAUUUAUUUUGGCAGAUGGGUGGCCUCCUUAUAGCAUCUGCUCAUUUUGGUGCAUAUGUGUGUGGGACGGACAUAGACUACAACACAGUUCAUGGCUUGGGAAAGGCUAGUAGAAAAAACCAGAAAUGGCGUGGACCAGAUGAAAACAUCAGGGCAAAUCUUCGUCAGUAUGGCUUAGAGAGGUUUUACCUUGAUGUCUUGGUUUCAGAUGCGUCUAAGCCUUCCUGGAGGAAGGGAGCAUAUUUUGAUGCAAUCAUCACAGAUCCUCCAUAUGGUAUCAGAGAGUCUACAAGAAGAUCAGGUUCACAGAAGGAAAUACCAAAGGGAAUAGAAAAAUGUCCAGAAACUCACGUUCCUGUCUCCUUGAGUUAUCACCUGAGUGACAUGUUUUUUGACCUGUUAAAUUUUGCGGCUGAGACCCUUGUACUGGGUGGAAGACUAGUCUAUUGGCUACCAGUAUAUACACCAGAGUACACUGAGGAGAUGGUGCCUUGGCACCCUUGCCUGAGACUCAUUAGCAACUGUGAACAGAGGCUUUCCAGUCACACAGCAAGGCGCUUGAUCACGAUGGAAAAGGUGGAGGAAUUUGAGAACCGGGACAAGUAUUCACACCUGCUGAGUGAUCGUUUUCUGCCAUACCAAGGACAUAAUUCUUUCCGUGAGAAAUAUUUUAGUGGUGUAACAAAAAGAAUUGCCAAGGAAGAAAAAUGCAGCCACGAGUGAAAACCCUGAUGCUGACAAUCAGGAAAGAAGAAGCGUUUUAUAAAAAGGCUUUGGAUGUGAAUUUGCGCAUAUGAUUUAAAAAAACCUAUGCUGAUUUACAAUUCUUAUAUAAAUAAUGGCUAUUAAUCAAAAUUGAAUAAUUUCAAAAUGGUCUUUGUUUUAGAGACUAUUUUGAUGUAUAUGUCUUUUGAGCAUUGUUAAGUGUCAGGGACUGAUAUAUAUAUAUAGAGAGAGAGACAAAGUGUUUAUAUUUUUACAAAGAAAAUAUUGUAUCUGCCAGAUAUAUGGUAGGUAAUUAAUAGUGAUUUAGAACUUACUCAUUUUGUAAAGUUGCUUGGUUUGACUUUUAGUUGUAACUGUUUUUCAUUGACACCAAUAAACUUUACUGGGAAUUUCUAAAAAUUAUGUGAUACUCAGUAUUUCUCAUGGAAUGUUUAACCAUGAGUCCCGUAUUAGUCAUAACACUGGCCAUGCAGAGGCAAGGAAGCCUAAGGCCUGAGAACAGCGGAGGAGAAUCCAACCCCAAGACCUCCGCGGGCUGUGCUUCUGAAGGGGUCUGCACCUCGGGUUUGCUCUUGCAGUCCUAAAACCUGACUGUUGGUCAAGUGGACUAACCACCUUCAAGUUUUGGUUGAGAAAGUUACAUUUGAGAGCAGGAACAGCAGCUCAAGUCCUUGGUGGCCAGGUAAAGGCAUCGAAUCUCAUCAGUACUCACUGAGACAGAGGCUGUGGUUUUUUCUUGAAGGAAAAACUUUGCUGAGUCUACAUCGUGUCCAUCAUGGAAAUAUCUUUUUUGCAAACCACUUUACCCAUUAAUUCUAGCUGCUAGUAGCUUUCUGCCUUUGGUGGUACCUCAGUGAGGUGGCAGUAAAUGGAUACUUUCUUUAUAACC